AUGGCUUCAACAACCACUAGAAUGGUGAAGGGGAUUUUGCUAUUACACCUCUCUCCCACACCCCCCUCCUCUUUCUUUCGCCUCACUCGCGACCUUUCUCGCCCUUUUUUCCUCCCCUCUCUUCAAUUAAAGCCUUCGCACCCCGCCACUGCAAUUCGAUGCGCUUCCUCAGCUUCAGAUUCUGGGAACAAAGUUUCCUCUCGGUUAUCACAGGUUCAGCAGCUUAUCCAAGAAGCCGAACAUCGAUCUCUCUCCGCCGAUAACAAUGGCCCCAUUCCUAAAAUCACUUUGGAUCAUGUUACCGUGAGCUUUGCUAGAAGUGGAGGACCUGGGGGUCAGAAUGUCAAUAAAGUGAACACCAAGGUCGACAUGCGGUUCAAUGUUAGAAAUGCGUAUUGGCUAAGUGAAUGGGUCAGGGAGAAGAUUUUGCAAAUGGAGAAAAACCGCAUUAACAAGGAUGGAGAGCUUGUGGUUUCUUCAACCAAAACUAGAACACAGAAGGGUAAUAUUGAUGAUGCUUUGGCAAAGCUUCAGGAAAUCAUUGAUGCAGCGUCUUAUGUCCCACCACCUCCCUCAGAAGAGCAAAAGAAGAAAAUCGCAAAGUUGGCUGCUAUAGGAGAGCACAAACGCCUCAAAAGUAAGAAAGUGCAAUCAGAUAAGAAGGCGCAAAGAAGAAAUAAAAGUAGUUGGGACUAA